GGCAAUACUUGGCAUGUUCGUGCGCACCGUGCAGCCCAUCAAGUGCAUCUACAUCAUGACGGUGAUGAUCAUGCUGUGGAUCUUCGAGCCGGUGCCGUACCAGAUCACCUCGUUCUUCCCGCUUAUAAUGGGGCCGAUGCUGAACCUGACCACCACCAGAUACCUGGCCAAGUACUACUUCAACGAGCCCAUCGCAAGCUCUAUAGCCGGCCUGACGGUGGCGCUGAUCGCACAAAACUGCGGCCUCAACCGGCGCCUGUCGUACAACCUGAUCCUGAUCGUGGGGCCGCGCGUCAAGUGGCUCAUGCUGUCCUUCAUGGGCAUGGUGUUCUUCCUGUCCAUGUUCAUCAGCAAUGUGGCCGUGACGAGCAUGAUGAUGACCGUGGUGGACACGCUCAUCUACGAGAUCUCGCAGAGCAAGCUGCGCAAGCGCGUCAACGAGCUGCUCCGGAAGAGGGAGAACCAGGGAGAAGAGCCUGACUACGAAGAGGUAGUCCACAUCGAAUCUGUAAAGAGCAAGCAGCUGCGCAAGACUUUUCUGCUCAGCAUCGGCUACUCGGCGACGCUCGGAGGCUUCUCGUUCAUCACGGGCAACCGCAUCAACAACGACAUGUCCCAUCGAAUCAACAGGGAUGCACGAGACCAACUGAUGACACCAACCACGUGGGCGCUCUACUGCUUUCCCGUGGGCAUGAUCUCCAUGCUCAUGGGAUGGGUGUUCCUGUACACCGUUUACCUCAAGGAGUAUGAGCAGCAGUCCCGACUCGACAUCAGAGAAGUCAAAGAAGUCGUCCGGGACAAACUUCAGAACAUGCCUCGGACGCACGCCGAAGUGCUGUCGACGUUCCUCUUCUGCCUGUGCCUCUUCCUUUGGGCGACCAAGAGACCCGUAAUCAUUCCUGGAUGGUCCGACAUGCUUGGACUAGAAGAAAGCUACGUGACCGACUCAUCGGUGGGGUUCCUGAUCGCCUUAAUAGCGUUCAUGAUUCCCGUGAGGAGUUUCAACUUUUCCCUCGAGCACCGCCUGAUGGAGUGGAAGUUCAUCCAGAAGAACAUGCCUUGGGCAAUCAUUUUCAUCAUUGGCGGAGGAUCUACGCUCACCGAGGUCAUCCGGAGCAGCUCGUUGUUCAGCGAUGCCGUGAAUGCGGCGAGCACGGCGAAGCUCCACCCGGUGGCCAACCUCGUCGUGGCCGUCUUCAUGAGCUCCAUAAUCAGCGAGUUCACCAACGCGGAGAUGACGAUCCACCAGAUACUGGACAUCGCCGAGAGGAAACAAAGGGAAAGCCGGACCAACGCGUUGUACUAUAUGCUACCCAUGGGCCUCGCCAACAACUUCGCGUUCAUCUUGCCCUCGUCAGAGGCAUGGAAUGCCAUCGUCUUCGAGAUCGGCGGUCUCUCCGUCAUUGAUAUGAUCAUUCCGGGCCUGUUCAUGAAGGCCGUGUCUCUGGUGCUCAGCAUGCUGUCGUUCUUCACGACGGGCGUGGUGCUGUUCCAGAUCAACGAGCACGCGGACAACAUGUCGUCCUUCAACGUGGCGCCGCUUCAGAGCAGUCGCCUCAGGGUGCCCGCGGCCGCUCCUUACCGAGGGAUGCACAAGUGGCCCUUCUGAGAUUUUAUCGCCGCCGAUACCGUUACGAUAUAUUGUGCGAUUCGCAGUAAACGGCGCGUUUGCCGCAUAUUGUUAUUGCUUUCAACUGCGCCUACGAGGUUCGUUUCUUCGCUUUGCGCCUGUGCGAUUUUCCCCGAGGUUUCGGCGUGCUUGCAGUCGUGGAGGAAGGAGAGAAACUAGAAGGAAAACAUUAGGUCACGCAGCCGGCUUUCGAAAGCCUGCUCUCCCUUCGCUUUCUCUCUCUGACGUGUUUCCACGAGUCCGCCCAACAUGAGAACCUGCUCUCGGCGAACUCGGCCCCGUGUGCUUGGUUCUCGGUGAGGUUUUAAUCGAUGCGCAUACUUGUUCGGGUGAUUCGCCCAUCGGUCUGCCGUUCCCGACGUGGGACUAGCCGGAAGCGCGACGAGUUCGCGUCCUCGCCGGACCUGCAAUAAAGUUUAUUCACUCACUCUAUUCAGGCGGUUCACUUUAUUUCCGGAACAUAUCUCGAAUAUUUAUCACACUUUCAAUAAAGUAGUACUGCGCUAACCUUGGGUAUAUGUUAGCAUGUCGUUUCGCUUAGGCCGGGUGCGCGACGAGUUCGCGUC